AACCUGGUCGGUAAAGCCUUUAGGGUUGUAGUCGGACCCAACCACAUUCGGAGGUUUAGGGCUUUCUGUCUUUUUGCAAUCCUUCGCGCGAGUCCGGACUGAGCAGAGCAGAGCACGGAAACUGUGACGGACGAAAGAGCGAGACAGCGAUCGAGACACUCGAAGCACUUUCGGUGCAGAAUUUCUCGAUAGCGCUCGAGUGAGAUUUAUAUCUAGUCACCGUGAAGCCCUUUGGUGCUACUAUUCUGAGGGAGGGAGUAGUAGCCGAAGAUGGGUAAGAGGGCCAAGACUUCGAGGAAAGGGAAGAAAGCAUGGCGGGCAAACAUCAGUACCGCCGAUACGGAUGAUUUCAUAACGAGACAGGCACUUGAAGAUAGGAGUGGAGGUCCUUUGGACGCCGUUCCGGACGACUCCCUUUUUUUUGUAGACAAAUCGAAAGAUGUCACAAUCGAGAGGAAGACCAAGAAGCACAGGGAGAAAAUUCUGCAUUGUGACAGCGUUUUGCAAAGGAAUUCGUUAAUUCCACCUCUCAGGGCGCCUCUGAAGCCAAAGCGCAAACGGAAAGACCGUGAUACUGCUAAGCCUCCAAGCAAAAAGAAGUCAGCUCUCGAGACAGUCGUUGCUCAGGACGGAGGAGACGGAGAAGAAGAAAUGGCUGUUUCCGCCGACGUUUGGGAAGCAGGGCAUGGAACGGAAACCUUGGAUGAAAACACAUUUAUUCCAAAGACUGGGAAGAAAAAGAUGCAGAAGUUGGCCAAAUCAGCCCCUCCUGUCGAAGUUCCCGCCGUUGAAAUAGAUGCACCUGGCUGUUCAUACAAUCCUACUUUUGAGGACCAUCAAGAUGCGUUAGGGUUAGCAGUUGCUCAGGAGAUGCAGAAAGUUUAUAAAAAAGACUUGGAGCCACCAAGAGUUCCCAAGACCGUUCAUGUUCAUGGCUUCCCGGUAGAACAGGAGGACGUUUUCUUUCUUGAUGCUGAUGCUGACGACGAGGAUGAAGAGGAAGAUGAAGGCACGGUUGUGGCUGGAGAUGGGCCUUCUGCAGGCUCCAGGGCAGUGAAGGUCAAAAAGCUGACUAGGGCAGAUUUGAAUAGAAUACAAAGAAGACGUGCAAAUGUCCGAGUUGAGCGGGAGAAGAGAGAAAAGCUAAAGCUGAAGAAGGAUGUGUUGAGGCUACCAGAGAUUAUUGAAGAUAUUACGAAUCAGAACGACGAGGCUGAGAAGGUUCGUCUUCGCCGGAAGAUAGCUCGUGCUGAAAGGCGGGCACACGAACCACCUCGGCUUGGAAAGCACAAAUUUAAGCCAGCUCCUGUUCAGGUCCUUCUCACGGAGGAGGUGACCGGGUCUUUGAGGCAAAUCAAAGGAUGCUAUACUCUUGCCCGAGAGAGAUUCAAAAGUUUACAGCGUCGUGGUAUUUUGGAACCUCGUGUUAAAUCAGGCCGUAACCAGCGAAAGAAGAGGAUUGAGUACGAGCAAGGAUCUAGGGGUCAAAAGGAGCGUGAUAUGCAUGCAUCGCGAGAAGCAGAGAAAGAGACCAGCAGACAUGCACUGGCUGUCGUGUCACUGUAGGUAUCUUGCUUCUACGGAUGGAGAGGAGCGUAUUAUUAUCUUGCAAGAAAAUGAUUGCAAGCUUGGUAGCUAGACCAGGCCCAUCUUUUCGAUCUCAGUUGCCUUGGGGAGGACGUGUGGACCCAUAUAGCUCUGUUGCGGUGACUUCGCAAUUGAGAGGUUAGUGAAGGCAAGAGAAUACUGCAUGUCGCAGGGCCUCGUUGUUUCCUCGUAGCAUUGUUCGACCAAUGAUACAACCGUACACUCCCAAAAUGUGGGGAUUUCUUAGAAUGCAUGUACGUCCUCCCAUAUCUAGGUCUGGACUAGGAUUAUUUAGGCGCUAAGUUAUAGGCGCAGGACUAUAUUAACUUCAGUAGAGAAAUUGUACAGUAUCGGAUUUUUAGCACCACGUUUUUAAUUCUUUAAUUCAACUCAACGUCGUUUCUAGA